AUGUUGUGUAUGAGAAGAUUGUAUUCAACGAAAUCGGUUCACACCCACACUAUCAAAACCCCCGUGGAUAUAAACGCUGCCAUCGCAUCAUUAAAACCAAAGGUUACUCGUCUUUCAAAUGAUGGGCCCAUCGAAUGUGAUUUGACAGGAUUUCAAUUACUUAAUUCCCCAAUAUUUAACAAGGGGUCAGCUUUUACAAAAGCUGAGCGUAAAGCAUUUGGUUUAACAGGUUUGUUGCCAUCUCAGGUGAAUACAUUGGAUGGGCAAGUUGAUAGAGCUUAUCGUCAGUUUUCUUAUUUGAAGAGUCCUUUAGCUAAAAAUGACUUCUGUACAUCAAUGAGAAUUCAAAACAAAGUGUUAUACUACGAGUUAGUCAGAAGACAUAUAAGAGAAAUGUUACCUAUUAUCUAUACUCCAACUGAAGGUGAUGCGAUUGCUUCGUAUUCGGAUAGAUUCAGAAAGCCUGAAGGAUGUUUCUUAGAUAUCACUGAUCCUGAUAGCAUUGAUGAACGACUUGCUCCAUACGGAGAGGACAAAGAUAUAGAUUAUAUUGUUGUCAGUGAUGGGGAAGGAAUUUUAGGAAUUGGUGACCAAGGUGUUGGGGGUAUUCGUAUAGCCAUUGCUAAAUUGGCCUUGAUGACUUUGUGUGGUGGUAUUCACCCUGGAAGAGUUUUACCGGUGGUAUUAGAUGCUGGUACCAAUAACCAAAAACUUAUCAAUGAUGAUUUGUACAUGGGAAACAAAUUCCCAAGAGUUCGUGGUGAAGAAUAUUGGACUUUUGUUGAUAAAUUUAUCACAGCUGUGAAAAAGCGGUUUCCUAACGCCGUUUUGCAUUAUGAAGAUUUUGGUGUAUCAACAGGAAGAAUAAUGUUGCAUCGUUAUAGAGAUGCUUUACCAUCUUUCAAUGAUGAUAUUCAAGGUACAGGAGCUGUCGUCAUGGCGUCAUUCCUCGCUGCUCUUAAAUUUUCCAACAGAAGGUUACAAGACAGUAGGAUUUUAAUUUAUGGAGCUGGUCUGGCUGGUUUGGGAGUAGCAGACCAAAUUGUAAACCAUAUGGUGAACAUUGGUAUGGAACGUGAGGAUGCUUUGAGCAGAAUCCAUACUAUGGAUAGAAGAGGAUUAAUUUUACAAAGUUUUCCUGAUUCUUCAGAAGGUCAAAUUAAAUAUGCUGACCCGGAUGCUGAUUGGGAGAAUGUUGAUACGAAGAGCUUGGUGGAAUGUGUUCGUCAUGUGAAACCAACCCUUUUGGUUGGUUGUUCUACCCAGGCAGGUGCUUUUACUGAAGAUGUUAUCAAGGAAAUGUAUAAGCAUAAUUCCCAACCAAUUGUGUUUCCAUUGUCUAACCCUACUCGUUUGCACGAAGCUUUCCCAGUGGACGUUAUGAAAUGGACUGAUAAUAAUGCUUUAAUUGCCACUGGAUCACCAUUUGAACCCGUGGAUGGUUACUAUAUUUCUGAAAACAAUAAUUGUUUUACCUUCCCUGGUAUUGGAUUGGGAGCAGUUUUAUCUCGUUGUACUACCAUUUCCGAUACAAUGAUAUCUGCUGCUGUCGACCAAUUGUCGUCCUUAUCACCAAAAAUGGAAAAUCCUAAGAAUGGAUUGUUACCAAGAUUGGAAGAGAUUGACGAAGUUAGUGCUUAUGUUGCGACUGCUGUUAUCUUGCAAAGUUUGAAGGAGGGUAAUGCCAGAGUUGAAUUAGAGACCAAUCCUGAUGGAGAAUUCGUCGAAGUUCCAAGAGACUUCAAAAAGUGCUUGAAAUGGGUUCAAGCACAAAUGUGGAAACCAAUCUACAGACCAUUAAUAAAGGUGGAACACGUUCCAGAGAUACACACAUUCCAGAGUUAA